AUUGGAUUUUAUGCCCCACUCUCUCGUUUGCGCUUUUCUCUCCAUGACGCGCUCGCCGAACGCUUCACAUGUCAUGUGAGCUUUUCUUUAUCAACCUCCUUCUUGUUUUUUUUAUUCUUCCUCUUUGCUAGCAAGAUCAAAUAUGUCCAGACAAGGUCAACGUUUUGAGAUUAAAACGUUUUCGCCGAUAUAUAUAUAAAAAGAGAGAGAACGGCUACAAACAGCUUUGGCGCAUGAGAGCAGUUUGAAUCUGUGGGAAGCAGCGCACACAAUAAACCUGUUGUUAACCUUGCUGUGAAAAUAUGUUUGAAGAAAACAGCCAAUUGUUGUAUGAGAUGUAUUCAAGUAUAAAAUAAUGCCCUUUGUUUGAGGGUAAAAAAAAAGUUGAGCAAUGAGAGGGUACAAAAGUCCCCUGUGGCAUUUACUUGCAGCCUUUGUGCAGUGUGCGCUUUGGCGUCUCCACUUGGCGCAUUACCCAGGCCCCUUUAAACGGGAUUGUUUCUUUCUUUCUAAUGACAUUUACCGGAUCAAAACAUGCUGUUAAUUCGAUCAGAAAGCUUCACCCUUCAUAACAAUGGCAGUAUAAUUUCUCCUAAAGUUUGUUAAGUUGACCGAAAUUAGGCAAAUGAAUAGGGGUCUCCAGGCUAUCCAUCUUGCAGGUGACGGGGAAUAAUGCGCGUUCACACCAGCUGCAUUCUUCUUUAUUUCUCCCUUUCUUUCCCAGCAUUAUUAAAAUUUAGGCCAAUGAAACUAUUCAUUCGUCUGAAUAGACAUUUUCUUAUAGGAUAAUAGGAUACAAAUUGAGCCUCUCCAAAGAGUCGCCAGUGGUGGGUAACCCUCGUGUGCCAGAGGCUGCUGGAGACGCUGGCCUUGACGCAGACGACGCUCGUGUGCCAGGGCUAAUCACACACCUGCCUGGGAGUCCAGCAAAAUAAAGAAUGUAAACAAAAAGCUUGCCAUCUCUCAUAAAAGAUUGACGUGUCACCAAGUCGUGUGAGAAACGCUGAGAACAAACGGGGGGACUCUGUGUCUAAAAGAUCUCCCCUGAACUUGGCGGAACAGCCUAUUAAAGGCUUACUUAAUUACUCUAAUGACACUGGACAGGCCUUAAACCUCGAACCGGGCUUGGAUGAGAGUUAAGAUCGCUUGCUGGGAUUUGUAAACAGGCGAUCGUGUGAGAAACGCGAGUUGGAAGAAAGAGGGCUUCUCUCUGCCGGCUUUGUUUUCAGUGCGCACAGUGCGCCCCGCCGCAUCGGGCGAUCCCAGCGCGCAGUUCCCGCCUCGGUUCUUACUAUGCAAAUAAUAUUCCAAAAGUAAUCACGUGUCUUUUGAACAGCCACGUGGAUUAACAAAGCAGGUUUGCCCCCCUGCGAGCCAACGUCUUUGGAUUUUUACUAUUUCUUUAACUGAUCCUAAACGCACACAUUUAUCCAAAGCACGGCUCUAAUCCCAUGGAAUAAUUUACACCAUGAAUGCCAGAGUCCCUUGGAUCAUCCCUUUAUAAAGACCAGGUUUCAGAAGCUCGAACCUCAUUCUGCCUCAGCCUUUGACAGGACAACACAUCACUUUACUCGCCACCGAAACUCAUUUUUACCAGUUUGGAGAAGAAUUCGUAGAUGGCAUCGAAGAUGAAGGACAGAAAGAGAACUCCUAUUUCUCACAAAGUCAUUGAAAAACGGAGACGUGACCGGAUUAACCGCUGCUUAAACGAGUUAGGAAAAACCGUGCCAAUGGCGCUGGCCAAACAGAACUCUGGAAAACUGGAGAAGGCCGAGAUUUUAGAAAUGACAGUUCAGUAUCUGCGGGCGCUACACUCCGCCGAUUUUCCCCGAGGCAGAGAAAAAGGUGAACUUCUGGCCGAGUUUGCGAACUACUUUCACUACGGAUACCACGAGUGCAUGAAGAACCUGGUCCACUAUCUGACCACAGAGGACAGAGCGGAAACCAAAGACAUCAAGUACGCACGGAUCCUCGCCUUCCUACAGUCCAAGUCUCGUGUUGUGACCGAGCCAGUGUUCGGCUCUGUCGCCUCAGUGCCAGAACCAUCCGAGUACUUGGGCCAGUUGCACUCCUCUCCGGAGCACCAGAACCACAGCCCCUCAGACUCCGUGUACCAGCAGAGUCCAACGGGACACUUCUCCUGGCACGGCUCGGCCCGCAGCUCGGGCAUCUCCUACCCCGCGGUGCCUCUGUCUGCGCACACGCAGCCGCACGGUGGAUACUUGUCACCGGUGCAGGGACUGGAUCAUCACUAUUUCAACUUUAUCGGUCACACGCAUCCAAACACCUUCAGUUUGCACAGUGCGCAACACGCCAUGUAAAUACCACCGUUUUUUUAAAGUGUUUUUAUUUAUUAUCUGUGAGUGAUGGAACCUUCUUCUGUGUCUGUUGUAAAUAAAUAUUUUUUGACUAAUGUGUGGUCUGACAGUCUCAUGGAUUCUCCGCACUUUGAAAGCAGAAAAUGCAAUGUUUUAAAAUAGACAGAGAUAAGAAUCACGCGAGAAAAAGACGUUUACAAAGGAAACAUUUAAGAGCUUUUAACUUUAAUUCCAACAAACUGAAACGAAGGUUAUGUUAAAAUAUGAUUUGAAUUACGUGACUAUGGGUAUUCAUACAUAUAUUAACUACUCCGCAGUAUUCUGGACUCACACUCUUUAAACAAGUGUUAAACAAGUGACACAGCAUCUUCAGGUUUCAGACAUAAGACUAAAAUCUGGUGAGCUCCCAGCUCCAUGCAGACUUAAACAAUUCUAACACUUAACAAACCUCUUUAUUCACCCAUUCCUCAGGCUGUUAAGUAUGAAGAGGGAGUUGGCAGUGAAGUGAAACAAAGAUAAAAGAAGACUGCCUCAGCAAUUUAAACCACUGGUUUAAAAAACAUAGAAAAAGAAUCGACAUUUUGGUGCAACUGUGGAAUCUUUUUUUUUCACUUUAAAGAAAAUGCACCGGCUUUUUGUCUCCUAUACCAAAGCAAAAGAAAUCCAGACAACUCAAAUCAAAUCAAAUCACACAAAACCUGUUUGUGUUUCUUAAUCCGGUGUAAAUAAACACCUUGAAGUGCUUCACGACUCCUUCUGUCUUCCUUUAAGGAAGAUGUAUUCAGCUGGAGUGUAGAGAAAAAAAGGCAGAAGAAAAGAAGAGAGGCAGAGAGAAACCCUUGUUAUUUUCUCCUGUUUCUACACCAAGGAGCCCCAUUGUGGUGCAUUUAAAGGGAAACAAUCUCUGCCUCCUUGUGCUUCAUCCUUGACUGACUGCAAAGAAAAAAUAAUCGACACCAUGAAAUCUAAGUUUCUCCCAAAUGGGAGUUCCAGAAAACAGUAACUGGAGGAGCUAAGCCAAGAAGUGACAUUAAAUCUUUGCACAAUCCUUUUUUUUCUGUGCCACCUCAACUUCUUCACCUGGGCAGGAAAAAUAUGGUAUUGCAGACGCCCAACCAAAACAAUGUCAAAUGUCAAACCUAUAUAAUUAUAUAAUGAAUGGCUGUAUUGAUUUCUGGGUGGACAGUGAGAUGAACAGAUUCAUGGAUUAAUCGCCUGAAUGGUUGAAUAAACCCACAUUAACCAGCCUCUGAACCAGAGAGACAAGCAACGAGAGGCCUAACCGAAAGAGUAGAAGAAAGAAGUACCAGAGGUUAUGCAGAUGGAAGACUGACAAUACCAUAAAAGAUAGAAGUCUGCGAACCAAUUCUUGGGCCCCUUGGGUCCCGGCAAGGGCCAAUAUUUGUUUAAAUCCGGACUAAACAUAAGAAGAAAAAAAACAGCUAAUGUGCAGCCAGCUGAGAAAGAGUUGAAUGCAGCACAUCGCAUGAAUAGUAAUACGUGGAGGGUUCUAAAAGAAGUACUACAUACACUGUAUUGUCAUAAAAACUGGGCCACAAUGGUCAGUGGUCAGACUGAAGGAGGUUUAUCUUUGCAUUAAUAUGACACUCUGAACAUAAACAGACUACUAUCAUAGAAUUUAUCAUCAGUCCAGUAUAAAAAAAAAGACAAUUUCUGUCACACUGGAACCCUUUUACCUCUAGUUGUUGUA